AUUGGGUAGUUUAAAUUAGUUGUUAAGCGGAUAAGAAUCCCAGAGUCGGCGACCCGUUAGCUUAAGAUCGAAGAAGAAAGUAACGUUCCCCACAUUUUCAAUAUUCAAAACUACAACGGCAAUAUUCUCGACUCCCCCUUCUCACUUGUCUCUGAAACAAAAGCCCAUCUUCUCUCUUUUGUCUCAAAACACAUAACAGCAGCUAUGAAGAACAACGAAUCUGUGCCAAAUCGCGUUGUGGGCCCUGGCCAGGAUGACCCAUGUGCUAUAUGCUCAAAGCCGUUUCGAUUCAGGGACAUCGUAUCUGUGGUAGGAAAGGAGCAGCAGCACAUAUUUCAUUUUGAUUGCUACUGCUAUGGUGUGGAAGUGACGCGCAGGCUUGAUGACUAUGCCCAUGGAAGAAGGGAGACAUCAGCCCGUUGCCCUCUGCAGAGAAGAAAUCAACCAAAUGUUAUGAAUACUUGCAUUGCCAUCGUAUGCAGGGGAGUCAUGGACCGUGCUCUGUAUCGGUAUGAUCACAAGUUGCCCAUUGGCGCAUUGAACCCGAACAAUGUGUGGGUUGUUGAUAACGUUGUUCUGCUGCCAGAGGUUGAGUCAGGACCUGAAGAUUAUAAUUAUGGUGGCAGAAUCAAGGAAUUUGUUACUGGGACUUUUGGGGAAACAGGGGAUUGGGAAGAUUACUCUAUUUCCUCAUCACUGUUGGGUACUGCAGGGCUGAACAGAAAUAAACGUGGGUUUUAAACUUUAUUGAUAUAUCAUUAAUUCAUUAUUGAGAGGUUAGAGGAGAGAAACAGAAUGGGUAGGAGAAGAUAAACCAAGGGACCAAACCCUCAAUAAAACUCAAUUUUAUUUCAUUCUAAUUUGAUUUUUUUUUUUUUUUUGAGUCAAGCCCCAGGUAGUGGCGGAUUCAGGAUGUAAACUUGGGGUGGGCUAAUCUAAGGCUUGCUACCAAGAUUUUUUUUCCCCAUCAAUAAUGCUUGUAAAAAUGUUGAGACUAAAUUGUAAAGAAAUGUUAAUAGAAAUUGUUGUAAGAAAAUCGGGAAAGAGAGAAAAAAAAAUA